CUCCCCCUUCACUCAUUGGCUGAUAUGGGCAAGGUGGGGUGGAGCCGCUGUCAGUUUUCGGGGCGUGCAUGCAAAGGGUCACAUGGACUCUCAUAUGGCAGCUUCGGGCGGGGGAUGCGGCAGAGCGAAGCUGGCAUCUGAGAGCAGAGGACUGUGAGGGGGGCUAAGUGGCACAGCAGGACGACCAUGUAUUAUGUGAUCGCGGCCAUGAAAGCUCAAAUCGAAAUAAUUCCGUGCAAAAUCUGUGGAGACAAAUCAUCAGGGAUCCAUUACGGGGUCAUCACCUGCGAGGGUUGCAAGGGUUUCUUCAGACGCAGCCAGCAGAGCAACGCUUCAUAUUCCUGUCCGCGUCAAAAGAAUUGUUUGAUCGACAGGACGAGUAGAAACCGCUGUCAGCACUGCCGACUGCAGAAAUGCCUCGCUGUGGGCAUGUCACGUGAUGCUGUAAAGUUUGGCCGUAUGUCCAAAAAGCAGAGGGACAGCUUAUAUGCGGAAGUGCAGAAGCAUCGCAUGCAGCAGCAGCGGGAUCACCAGCAGCAACCAGGGGAGGCAGAGCCACUAACUCCUGCAGGAUAUGGUCUGACCCCCAAUGGGCUCACAGAGCUGAGAGAUGAUCUGGGAGGAUAUAUGGAAGGGCACACGCCUGAUGAAGGCAAAACAGAGUCAGCAGUGAGCAGCUUCUACCUGGAUAUCCAGCCAUCCCCAGACCAGUCUGGCUUGGAUGUCAACGGAAUCAAACCUGAACCAGACUAUACACCUGCCUCGUCCUUCUUCCCGUACUGCUCAUUUACUAAUGGAGAAGCCUCCCCAACUAUUUCUAUGGCAGAACUAGAACAUCUUGCUCAGAACAUCUCCAAAUCCCAUAUGGAAACCUGCCAGUAUUUACGUGAAGAGCUCCAGCAGAUAACAUGGCAAACCUUUCUCCAGGAAGAGAUUGAAAGCUAUCAGAGCAAGCAACGAGAAGUGAUGUGGCAGCUUUGUGCAGUCAAAAUAACAGAGGCCAUUCAGUAUGUGGUGGAAUUUGCCAAGCGCAUCGAUGGGUUCAUGGAGCUGUGUCAGAAUGAUCAGAUAGUGUUGCUUAAAGCAGGUUCCUUAGAAGUUGUUUUCAUCAGAAUGUGUCGUGCCUUUGAUUCACAAAACAACACCGUAUAUUUUGAUGGCAAAUAUGCAGGCAUAGAAGUCUUCAAAUCACUUGGUUGUGAAGAUUUUAUGAGUUUUGUGUUUGAGUUUGGCAAGAGUUUGUGCUCCCUGCAUUUGACGGAGGAUGAGAUCGCUCUUUUUUCUGCCUUUGUGCUCAUGUCAGGAGAUCGGUCAUGGCUUCAGGAGAAACUGAAGAUUGAGAAACUCCAGCAGAAAAUCCAGCUCACACUGCAGCAUGUUCUUCAAAAGAACCAUCGUGAUGAUGGAAUUCUAACAAAGUUAAUAUGCAAAGUCUCCACGCUACGCGCGUUGUGUAGUCGUCACACGGAGAAACUCAUGUCGUUUAAAGCAAUAUAUCCAGACAUUGUGAGACAUCACUUCCCUCCCCUAUACAAGGAACUCUUUACCUCUGAAUAUGAGCCAGCCAUGCAACUGGAGGGAUAGAACAGCCCGCUUACUGUUCAUACCUGGAACAAGCAACUGCUUCAUAAGAAUCCAGCCGUGCACACAUGUGUGCAUGUAUACAUGGGAUAGAGGAACCAAGACACUUUACGCAAACCUGGGUGCAGGAGGAGACUGGUGACAUGCACAGACAUUUGUCCUUGACCUCUCACCCCCCCCCAGGGUUAUUGUUUACAAGAGGUAAAGGAGAGAAUUUAAGGACCAACUGCAGGGCAGGCUGGUGAGAAAGAACCACACCUGCAUUUUAACCAUGAGACUUCUAACGUCUCUAGCAAUACAAGCAAAAUAAUAUUUAUAUAUAAAUAUAUAUGUAUUACAGGGUACGUGGGCAUGAACCUUUAUAUGGCUACAGAGAUAUUGUUUAAAGCAUAGGGCCCAGAUGUAGACUUAUUCUGGUCUGUUUCAGUGUGGCACUUUUUUGUUUAUGUUUGCACCUUUUUGUUAAUUUCCUACUGCUCUUUUUCCAUAUGUUUAGUGAAAUGUGUUUAUGUUUGUUUUUUUUAAAUGUAUUUUGAUGUACACAUCAGGAAUUUGCGACUUAGUGUAAAAGCAAUAGAUUAUUAAGAGGGUGUCGGGGUGGU